AUGGCACGCAGUCCGCAGUGCCAGUUGCGGUUCAUUAUCGGGACGCUAGCGCUCGUACAGUAUCGACUGUUCGCUCCAGCCAGUGCCCGGGCAGUGAUAGAACACGCAACACCCGCGAACAGCACACUCCCCAUGGUGGUGGCCGCCGUAAGCGCACGACAUCUGUUCGAUCGUGUCCGUGGUUGUUUCGAGGCUGGCCAGCUCGGUGAGUGCUUCGGUGAUGAGGUGAUCCGUCUGAUGGACCGAGCCAUCGACGGGAAUGUGACGUUCCGCGUGACUCCGUUUGUGAUCGUGCGCAAAAAUCCGGCCUGGAAGGCAGAGAUGGCACCGCGUGUGACGGGCCACGGUUGGGCCGGAGUGCUCGGUAAGCUACGGGCAUUCCUGGCGUCCCGGCUGUUCCAGCUCAGCCUCGUCGAUGAGCAGGGUCAGUGGUCGGGAUUGCUGCUGCUCGAGCACUCGGCACAGCUCGAGGGUCGCGGCAAGAAGCACAAACAGAAGCACGGUGGCAUGUUCUCGAUGGCACUGAUGGCGCUGAUGGCAAUGAUCGCGCAAGUCAUUCUCGGCAAGGUGGCCGUCCUGGCGGCGGUCGCACUGAUUAUGGCCAAGAUUGCGCUCGUCUUUUCCACUCUGAAUGGAUUAAAGAAGUCAACGGGUUCGGGCGGUGGCCACGGAGCGGAACAUGUCGUGUACGAUCAUGGUGGUGGCGGAGGUGGUGGCGGUGGUGGUGGCUGGCAGCGUAGCAUCGAUCCACGGAAACCGUACCGUAGCUAUCAGUACUACGAGGAUGAGGAUCCCAUGCCCUACCGGAAGCGGAAGCAGGUGUACGACUAUCAGGAUCCGAUGGAUGGUGCCUAG